AAGAAUUGACAAAUUGUUUAGUGUGAAUUUUAAGCUGUUUUAGUUUUUGUAGCGUUGUUUAUAUUUGUGUUUGGGCUAUGACGGACUCGGAGGCCGGCGCAUGGAUAACCUGGUUCUGCAGGCAGCGUGGCAAUGAAUUCUUUUGCGAAGUGGACGAGGAUUACAUACAGGACAAGUUCAAUCUGAACUUUCUAGACACGAAUGUGGACAACUAUAGACGCGCACUGGAAGUCAUACUCGAUCUGGACACAGGCUCUGCUUCCGAUACGGAUACAGAGCUGGAGCAAAGCGCUGAGAAACUUUAUGGAUUGAUACAUGCGCGCUUUAUAUUGACUAAUCGUGGUAUUGAUAUGAUGCUGGAUAAGUAUCAAAAGGGCGCCUUUGGCAUCUGUCCGCGCGUCUUUUGCCAGCGCCAGCCCGUGCUGCCCAUUGGCCUGAGCGACAAUCCUGGCGAGGAUAUGGUGCGCAUUUACUGCCCCAAAUGCGCGGAUGUCUAUGUGCCCAAGUCGACGCGGCAUGCGUCUGUGGAUGGCGCCUAUUUUGGCACUGGCUUUCCGCACAUGCUGUUCAUGGUUAAGCCCGAGGCGCGACCCAAGCGCAGCAAGCAAAAGUUUAUCGGCAGACUCUACGGCUUCAAGAUACAUCAGCUGGCCUAUCGCUCGGAGCUGCCAGCAGCCACUGGCAACAAGGAUCGCGUGCAGCCAGCUGAAGGCGACAGCAUCUAAUUCGCUUUUUUCUCAUCUCAUUAAAAAUUUGCCAACAUUAUUGGACAUGCUGCGCUGC